GAACAGUACAGGUGAUGUUGAAGAUCAAGAAGAUCAUGCUGGAGGUGGUGGAAAUAUUAUCGAUACAACUACUAGCCUAAAGCUAAACAAGGAGAAGAAGUACAACAAGAACCACUCAUCAAGUACAAGUUUCUCAACUAGAACUGCUGCUUCUGCCGAAUUAGAUGAAUUCGAGCCGGAUCUAGAACAAGAUCCUCACAAAGAGGGAGUUUUCCGUUCCACUACAGCAGUUGAAGAAAGCAGCAAAAACAUCAAAUUUAGAUUUUGGACUGACACAGGUCAGCGUGAUACCGGUCAACAAGAACAACAUCUUCUUGAUGCUGGUGCGUCAUCUCGGCUGAAGAUAUUAUGGGUACGAAAGGGUUUUGAAAAGGUAAAAAAAACUACGCUUGCAAACGGGUACUAUGGGAAAAAAGUAGUUCUGCUUCUGCAGGG